CGCUGAUGUCUGUAUAGACGACGACGAAGACGAAAACGACGACAACCAACAACGUCCAAACGAGACUAUACACUUUGGAUUAUUGAAUCAGGUAGACAGAUAGGCGUUAGUCGUUCUACAGCCCUGAUCGAGUUUAAAUCUAUUCCGUUGAGAGAUACUUUUUCGUUUUUAAAAUACAAAACAGAUACACCAAUACUAUCUACACACUCUUCGAACUAAACUCUGAGCUGAACUCAAAGAUACUCUUAUACCUACAAAUUAAAAGAAAUACAAAAAAAGUUUUAAAAACAAGAAAAAAAACCUUCCAAAAUCCGAAAAGUCAGCUUAGAGAUACAUUGCUAGCGCAAAAAGUAUCUACACAAAACUUUUAAUUUUGUUCGUCUGUCUUAACAAUUUUUUAUAUAAAUUAAUUACUGUGUCAUUUAAAAACGAAAAGAAAAAACAAAAAAAAAGUUGCGCAAGUUAAAAAAGAUUAAUAAUCGUGUUUGCAUCUCCUCUACAUACGUUAUGUACAUAUAACCAGAAAUAUUGAUGAAAAUAAAAAACAAGACAAGAAGUAAUAUGGAAAACAAGUAGUCGCACCAAUGAAAGCAAAAAUACGUACGAUAAUUAUUUUAAUUUUUUCGUAUAUCAAAACUAUCAAAUUAAUCUACUAUAACCCGUGUAAUUCCGAUCUCUCGCACAUUCAACUACAACAAUUGGAUUAUUAUAAAGGAGCCUUCUUCGUAUAAGGCUUAAGCCAUAUUGUUUAUCAUCGCAAUUUGUAUAACUUUUGCAUCCAUCAUCAUCUACAAAUUCAAUCAUCAUCCUACGAAAAUCGAAACCAUGUUUAUGACUAUUUCGUUAAAUUUAAUGAAUCAAUUGUUUCAAAUAUUUAAACUUCAAAAGUGCACUUUUAAAUAUUAUAAAAUAUAAUUAAAUUAAAUUUCAAAAACAAAAACAGUAUAAAGUGAAAAUUUCUACAUUUUUGUGUUGUAUAUUAAAUGUCUACUACAACUACAAAUGCAACAAAAAACAUCUCUCAUAUCAGAUACAACAACAACUGUGAAGAAGAAAAAGUUAAACGAAAUCAAAAUAAGCACAUGAAUUAAAAAAGAAAAAUAUUUUUAUAGUUAUUGAUUUUUUUGUUUUCUCGUUAUUUUGUUUUUGUUUUCUUGUCAUCAUCACCAUCGCAAUCUUCGCCGUGUAUAAUAAAAGGAAAGUGUUAAAAUUUAACCGUAAAACGGAAAAAAUAAACUAAAUUUUUUAACUGUGGAAAAUUUUAAACGAAAUAACUGAUAUUUUAGGUUUUUAACAAUAAAUUAAAAACAAAACUUCUUUUGAAUUUAAAAAAAAAAAACAAAAAAUAUACAAUUAACUAAACAACUUUUCUAUCUGGCUGUCACAUAUUUUAAUGCACCUGCUGUUGCUCUUGCCACUUUGGUUGUUGCUGCAUUAUUAUUAUUAUUGCAGAGUUUCAUCCAUCAUCAAAGUGAAAAGAAAAUUCAAACAAAACAAAAACAACAACAGUAACAGUAACACCAUCAACAAUAAAAACACAAACAACAACGAAUACAAAAAAGUAUCUAUAACUGACAUGAUUGUAACAGUAAUUAGUGAUCAUAAUUAUUUCAUAGAUGCUGUUUGGCAUUUUUGUGACAAUUAUUCUUGUAAUAAUACAACGUCAAAAAAAAGUUUUUAAAAACUAUAUAUUUUUUAUAUAUCACUAUCGUCGGAAAACGUAAUUUAAAAAAUAUUUUAAAUAAAAAGUGUAAAAUAUUUUAAUAUAAUAAAAAGUUUAAUUAAAAAAGUAGUUCAAAAAAAAAGAAAUAAAAACAAAAAUAAAAAUAAUUUAAAUGGAUAAAAGAACAAGUUUUGUGUGUAAAUGAAGUGUAAAACUAUUACAAGAAGUUGUUGUUAUUUUUACUAAUAUUAUAAUUGUUAGUAUAUUUUUUAAUAUAUAUAUAAAUCUACAAGUAUAUACAAUUAACACGCGCACGCGGACAAAACAAGAAAACAUAAGACUGAGAGUUGCAAGCGACCAUGGGCGCAUGGCUUCUAUUCCUUAUAGUGCUGGCGACUAUAAAACCCAUCGUUCAAGUUGCUAGCACCGAGGAAGCAUUAACAUUAACAUCAACAUCAUCAUCGUUGUCGUUGUCGUAUUCGUUAUCGUCAUCAACAUCAACAUCAAAAUCGCUAUCGUCGUCGUCGUCAACGUUAUCAACGUCGUCGUCGUCCUCGUCGUCAUCUCCAUCAUUACCAUUUCCAGUGAUUGAUAAUAUUAAUUCUAAUAAUAAAUUAAGUGAUAGUGAUAGUAGUCGAAGUGGUCUUUCAGACAAUAGCAGCAGUAGAAGCAGCAGCAGCGAAUUAGUUAAAGAAAAGACAAUAAUUCUCGAAAUGGAUUCAACAACAAAAACAACAGAACAAGUCAUCGAAUCAUUGUCAUCAACAUCAUCGUCAUUUUUAACUUCAUCAAAAACAACAUUGGAAAAUCAACAAUCAACAAUCAUUGAUGAAAAUCAUGAAAAUAGUGAAAAUAAUGAUAUCAGUGAUAAUAGUGAUGAUAUUGACAAAUUAAAUCAUGUGAUGGAUGAUAAUAGUUUAAGUGAUACAACAACAACAACAGAAAGCAAAGUGAUUGCUAAAAAGCCUGAUCCUGAUACUCUAGUCGAAAUUGAAAAUAGCCUUCUAUCAUUGUUCAACAUGAAGAAGCCACCGAAAAUUGAUCGAACAAAAAUUAUAAUACCUGAAGCAAUGAAAAAACUUUACGCACAAAUAAUGGGUGAAGAAUUUGAUUCUGUAAAUAUUCCUAAGCCUGGCUUAUUAACGAAAUCAGCGAAUACAGUGAGAAGUUUUACACAUCAAGACAGUAAAAUCGACGAACGAUUUCCACAUCAUCAUCGAUUUAGAUUACACUUCGACGUGAGGACAAUACCCGCCGAAGAAAAACUUAAAGCUGCCGAACUCAGUCUAAACCGAGAUCUAAUAAGCAGCCUUGGACGAACGGCAGCCCAUCGAAGUUCAUAUCAAGUUCUAGUUUAUGACAUUUUAAAAGUUGGCAUAAAAGGCAAACGUGAACCAAGCUACUUGCUACUCGAUAGCAAACAAAUACGCCUCAAUAGCACAGAAAUUGUCAGUUUUGAUGUACAACCAGCUGUCGAUAGAUGGCUAGCAACACCAAAAAAUAACUACGGCCUAUUAGUUGAGGUCCGGACAGCAAAGCAUCUUAAGCCGGCGCCACACAAUCAUGUACGCCUGCGUCGCAGUGCCAAUGAAACACCUGAAGAAUGGUCUCACAAACAGCCAUUGCUUUUCACCUACACCGACGAUGGUCGGCAUAAAUCGCGAUCGGCACGUGAGAUGAGUCGACCGAAACGGGCGCAUCACCCGCGAAAAUCACAUCGAAGGAAAAACAACGAUGAAAUUUGCCGACGGCAUUCGUUGUAUGUGGACUUUGCUGAUGUGGGGUGGGCCGAUUGGAUUGUGGCGCCGCCUGGCUAUGACGCCUACUAUUGUCAUGGAAAGUGUCCGUUUCCGCUGGCCGAGCAUUUGAACACAACCAACCAUGCGGUGAUACAAACGUUAGUCAAUAAUAUCCAUCCAGGUAAAGUACCAAAGCCAUGCUGUGUGCCAACACAAUUGACAAGCAUUUCGAUGCUGUAUCUUAACGACGAGAAAUCUGUUGUCCUGAAAAGUUAUCAGGAUAUGACAGUUGUUGGUUGCGGAUGUCGAUGAUUGUAAGCUGAAAAAUACUGACUACACAUCACCAACUACUGCUAAAAUCAACAAAACAACAAAAGGAGAUAGAGAUAGAAUAAAACUAACUAUACCUACCUACAGACACGAAAUAAAAAGAGAUAGAUAGUUUUAUGUUUUAUGUAACAAUGUAAAUCUACUCUCCAUCUGUGCCAUUACGUUCUAUAAAUCUAACUAAAUGGUGAUCGAGGGAAAAAUACAUGUGGAUGUUUACACAUCAAAUUCAGAUGAUGCAGCUUUCGGGUGCCGCGUUUUUUGGUAACGUCUGGAUCUGGACUGACAUUGCGAGAGGUCAUUUGGCGGACGACUCACCUUUAAGUAUUAUGUCAAAAGGCCAGCAGCAUGUAGCUCUGGGUCGUAAAAAGCAUCAUUUUUGUAUACAAUACAGUUUGCGAACAAAUUGAAAUCAGUUUAAAGCCUGGUCAACGCAAGUUAUCCAUUUUUGCUGUAACCAUUAGAUUACUUCUGAUUGGCUGGCUGUCAACUAAGAUUCUGUAUAGUUGUUCAACCAGGAGCAAUUGAAGAAAUGCUUAUGUAAUGUCAAAUUUCUGAAGCUUUCGUUGAACUUGACCAGUGUUAGAUUAAAAAAUAAAUGUUUUGUUAAAUAUUAAAAUACAUACAUAAUGUAUGUACAAAUAAAAAUGUAUAUUUCAAAAUUUCUAAUUAAAAAGAUAAUGUUUUUUCUUUGUAAUCAAUUAAAAUUUGUUCAUGUAAACUUUCCAUAGUUGAAUUUUUAAAAUUCAAAAGUCGAAACUUCAUAAUUUACAACAUAUAUUAUAUUAUUUCAGAUUCUGAGAUCAGAGCAAGUUUAAAUAUGUCAUUUAAACUUGUCCCUUAAUCUGAAAUAUUAAUUGUAUGUUAUAAAGCUGCCCGCACUUUGCGCGUUAUAUGUAGAAGUAAUUGACAUACAAACAAAAUAAACUUUCUUCCUUGAUGCCUUAAAUCUUCCGGAUGUUGUAUGAUUAAAAUACAUGCAUUAUUCCAUAAAAUAAAGAUGUUCAUUUUCACUUUCAAUAAUUACAAACAAAUUUUUCGUAGUGUGCCACCAGCCUUAUAUAGAAACGAAUAAAAAGUGCUGCCAAUUUUAUUUGCCACUGAUCAGCUGUCAAAAAUUCUUUGUCUGUUAGUUCGAAAUCGAUCCAUAAAUCAAAUCGAAUUUGAAUUUUAGAAAUUACAACCUUUAAACAUUUCGGAAUAUUGUCCGUAUGCUAUAUUAAACACAAGUGCAAUAUGUACAGAAAAAUGUAAUUUCGACUCGAAAGUCCUUAAAAAAAUAUGCUACGUGACUAUGAAAUUAUAUGGAAACAUUAUUUCGCAAUUUUUAAAUAUUAAUUUUUGACCGCCUAUUACGCAGGCAAUAUAUGAAGUUUACAUGUAAUUUAAAAAACGAAAUUCUUAAAUUUUAUACCACACUAGACUUCUGUCAAGUUUCAAAUUCAUGCAUUGCCAAUUACCUGAGUAGAAAAAAUAUAAAAAAAAAACAACGAAAAAACAAUAUCGAUAAAAUGUAUAAGAAAUCAAAAUUAAAUGUGUUUUCAAAAAUAUGUAAAUUUUCCUCUUCACAAAAAAAAAUUAACAAGAAAAGAAAAACCUGAUUGAGUAAUCAACUUUGUGUAUUGUUUAUAAAUUUAAAAAAAUGUGAUUUAGUUAAAUUAUAUAUAAAUUUUAAGACUUAAUAUAUUAUUAUAUACAUAAAAUAAAUAAUGUUUAAACAAAAAUAUGUAAUACAGAAAAGUAAAUAAAUUAAAAUAUUUAAAACAAAAAAUAAAAAAGUUGGCAGUAGCAAAAAGAAGGUUAAUAAUAUAUAUUUAAAAUUAAAAAGAAAAAAAAAAAGAAUUAAUUAUACUAUAAUGUUCCAUCAUACAUUUUGUUUAUAGUUCAUAUGCAUUUUUUUGUUUGAUUGUUGUAUUUGUUAUUAUUUUUUUUUAUUUGUACGUAUUUUUGCAAUUUUCUUAAGUUAUAUAAGUUAUUUGUUAAAAUAAUUUUAACAAUAAUAAAGUGAAGCAAAAACAAAAUAAGAAUAAAAGUAAAAUUAAAAUUAUCUUUUAAAAAAUAUUUAAAAACCAAAUUGAAUAAAAUUUUUAAAAAAUUUUGUGAAAAUUAAUUUAUAGAAAAAACAAUAUUUUAAAUACAAUAUGUGUAAUUUUUUGUUUGUUUUGAGAAAUGUAUUAAUGCAGUGCCAACUGCCAACUGGAAUUGUAAAUAUUGAAAAUAUACUUUUAAGGCAUUUUUAUAAUUAUAAUUAUUAAUAUAUUAUUAUUAUUUUUAAAUGUUAAGCGAAAUCGAAGGAGAAUUAAAUAAAAAAGAAACGAAGGAUCAAAUGUUUUCCAAAAAAUAUGAAAAAAAUAUA